AUGGCUAGAGGAACACCACCGCCUGACGUUGGAGCUGAGGGGUGCGGUCAAUGGCGUUGGGUAAUCCGCCAAGGGCCCACUUCAGAGCAAGAUGUUCCAAAGCCAACCGAUGCAAAGCGUUGGGUAAUCCGCCAAGGGCCUACUUCAGAGCAAGAUGUUCCAAAGCCAACCGAUGCAAAGCGUUGGGUAAUCCGCCAAGGGCCCACUUCAGAGCAAGAUGUUCCAAAGCCAACCGAUGCAAAGCGUUGGGUAAUCCGCCAAGGGCCCACUUCAGAGCAAGAUGUUCCAAAGCCAACCGAUGCAAAGCGUUGGGUAAUCAGCCAAGGGCCUACUUCAGAGCAAGAUGUUCCAAAGCCAACCGAUGCAAUGCGUUGGGUAAUCCGCCAAGGGCCCACUUCAGAGCAAGAUGUUCCAAAGCCAACCGAUGCGAAGCGUUGGGUAAUCCGCCAAGGGCCUACUUCAGAGCAAGAUGUUCCAAAGCCAACCGAUGCAAAGUGUUGGGUAAUUCGCCAAGGGCCAACUUCAGAGCAAGAUGUUCCAAAGCCAACUGAUGCAAAGACUAGGCGCUAUUUGAUAUAG